AUGGAUAGCGAGAUGGCUAGUACUGCUACUCAGAAAGGAAAACUAAGACAGCGGUUGUUGAAUAGUGAGCUAGACAUCAAUGUGCUAAAUGAACAACAACAGCCCAAAAUUCCCAUGCAGCAGCAGAUGGCAAUGGAGCAGGGAGGUGGGGUAUAUCAACAGCAAUAUCCACAAGCAUAUCCACAAGCAUAUGUGGCCAAUGGAGCCCAGUCGCAACCAUCGUUCCUUAAUAGUUAUGAAUCGCUCACCAACCAAGGCGCCAACGAAGGAGUACGAAAGGCUUCGUUGACGUCGCAGUCGAACAUGACGAUGAACAAAUUCUUUCGCCGUAAUAAGGGAGAUGGAGGGUUUGACGAGGAAACGGGUGCCGAUAUUAACGAUCUUACCAACGGGUCGAAUGUUUCAUUCGAUGACAUUUCGCAUAUUAGGGAUAGAGGGAAAUACGGAGUGAAUGGACCCCAUUUGGAUUCCACGCCGUUCAUACCCACAAUUGGAGGAGGUAUCGGGUCGGCAUCUGGAAAAUCCCUCAAUAAUAUCCAGUAUAGAAAACAGAUGAAUCACCAGAAGAAAAUGGCAUAUGCAUCUAACGCGAGGGCGAUGUCGUUGGCAGGUUCAAAUCCAAUGCAGCAAACUUCGGACCCGCGUGCAAUGUCAUUGAGCUCAUUUGGUAAUGGCAACGGACCUAGAGCAAUGUCUUUGAACUCAAAUGGAAUGAUGGCGAACGGGCCAAGGGCGAUGUCUUUGAAUAACCGUAUGCCAAUGCCACCUCCAGGAAAGGGUGGAUACAUGCCUCAAAAUGGUCCAAGAACUAUGUCUAUGAGAAAUAACGGGGCCCCAUUCGGUAAUGGCCCUUACAUGCAACCUACUGGAGGACCAAGAGCUAUGUCAUUGACAAAUGGGCCACCGGGACCUCGUGCAAUGUCCUUGACUAAUGGUAACCCUAUGAAUCAACAAUAUACUCCACGACCACACCCACAGCAGAUGCAACAGAUGCAACAACUAAAUCCUCAACAAAUGCAACAAAUGCAACAUAUGCAACAUAUGCAACAAAUGCAGCAAAUGCAACAACUGAACCCACAGCAAUAUGGAGGUUAUCAAACCAUGAAUCCAAACGCACGAGCGAUGUCGUUAAAUGGUGGAAAUCCUAUGAAUGAUCCAAGGUUUAAUCAUGCUGGUCAAUUCAGUAACUCGCAACAAAGGCAGAACAUGCCUCAUCCGAUGCCAAAUGGUCCUAAUCCAAAUAUGGCGCCUGAACCAAACCAGAAUUAUGCUCAAAAGUCGAAUGAUUCAUUAAUGAAUGUUCUAGAAGAAGAAGAUGAAAAUAAUACAAACUCACCAAAAGAGAACCAGGUAGUAUCCUCUAACAGAAGAGAAAAUAAUGGUGAUAAUACUAUUGAUGACGAUGAUGUGGUAUACAAAUUCGAUGAGCAUGAUGACGCUGGUCUGCUUUCAAGAAAGUCAACAUUAAAGAAGUCAAAUUCUAUGAAAUUACGUAAAUUGAAUUUGUUCAACAGUGAGACCCGCGAGCAACCUGAUAUUCAAGAAACAUCGUUCGAUGAAUCACCAAAUGAAUCCAGAAGGCUUUCUCAUUCCUCACAGACCUUACAUAACACUGGUAAUGACGUUUCUCCAUCGUUCAACUUAAGGAAAGCUAGAGGUGCGCGGGAGUCUAUGCUAAAUGAUGCAUCUAAUGAAGAAGAUUUAGCUCAACUAGAUGAACGUCAAGAAAAGUUUAAAUCACUUGGUGCUAAUGCUGAAUAUAAUGGCUCUAUUGCUAAUUCAUUAAAUAAGGAUGUGUUCGUUACGGCUAAUGAUUUAAUCUCUCCAUCCAAGGUAGGUAAAGGUGAUAAUAAUAAGAAAAGCCCACUUUUAAAGAAUACUGGUUAUGAAGAUAUAAACGAGAAUGAGGAAAAUUAUAUGAAGAAUGAUAAUGAUAUGUUAAAGAGAAGGGGUUCUCCUGAACCGAUCUCUAAUUCGACGUUGCCUAAUGAUGCUCAUUCAAACAUGCUUUCUAAACAACCAUCGAUUAGAUCGUUAGUCACUAAUACAGCGUUUGAUAAAUUCAGGGAGUCUCCUAGAAAAUCGAGUAAAACAUUACCUGAGCUACCUGCCUCUCCAACAAAUAGUGAUUAUGGCACCAAUGCUACCAAUACAACAAACGAAGAUCUCAAUCUGGAAGGAUCUUUCAGCCAGCCUAAGCAAAUGUUAGACGAAACCAGUAACUAUAGUUCGCUAUCUUCUCUUGUACAAUCACAAAAUAAUGCUAACCCAACGUCGUUUGAAAGAGCAAAUAUUAAUGCUGAACCUUUAGCAUCACAGCAAGCCUCAGAUCAAAGCAUAUCCAGUACUCCAAGGGAUAAUAAUGAAAACUCAACUCCUCCUACAACACAUAAUUCAAAUAUAUCAAACACCAAUUAUAAUGAUAAGGCUCAAACAGUUGACAGUAAUGUUGCUCAAGUUUAUCCUAAAACUGAAGGUAAGGAUCCAAGUAAUGAAAGACGUAUGUCAGCCAUAAGGAAUAUGAAUACCUCAGAUAUGUUGAGCUCACCAAUAGUUGAUGACAACAUAUUUGCUCCUGAAUCCGCUAGAAAAGAGAGAAGAUCUUCGAAAACCUUUUCACUUAGUAAUAAAUCUAAAAACAUUUUCAAAAGGUUUUCCAAAUCGGGCAAAAAGUCGGCUGAUGAAGAUGAAAGCUUUACUAAUGAUGAAGUUUCCUUUAAUCUGAACAGAAAUUCGAUCCAUUCUUAUAAUCAAGGUGGUAUUCAAGCCCGAAAAGCGUCAUCAGCUUCAAUUGGACAGUCAAGACCCGAGAAGCCUCUUAAAUUUACUAAGGAAGAAUUAGGUAUCAUGAAUUGCAAUAGCGAGUUAUUGAAUGACUUGCAAUUAGUAACUACGGAGUUGGCAUCUUCGAUAAAACGUGAAUUAGAAUUUGCGAAUAGGCUAAAGAAUAAUUCUAGCUCCCCUCUAGAAAGUAGUGACGAAUUGCGAAGUCAGUUACUUGGAAAGGCGAGGGUAAUCUCAGAUUUGCAAGAUAAGCUUAAUAAAGAACGAUCAUUAAGAUUUAUAUGUGAAGAACAUGCAUUAUUAGCUGAAAAUGGAACUUCACCAAGUCCUUUAAAAUUAAAUUAUGAAAAAACUGAAUUGUAUAAGCAAUUGUUGAUUAAAAAUGACUUAGUUAAUCAAUUGCAAGAUAAGAUCGAAGAGUCACAAAUGAAACAAAACCCUGGUGAUAGCAAUUUAUUAAUUAAGUAUAAUGAAUUGUUGGAAGAGAAUACAGAUUUGAAAUCGAAGGUUAUACCGGACUUAGAGAAUCGUAUUGAAGCCUCAAGAAAUGUUAGUAGUCUAAACAAUAAUAAGCUGUUGAAUUUAGUUAACAAUUGUACGGACCAUGAUAACGCGAAUAGCCGUGGUGAUUACGACGAAGAUUACUAUGAUGAUGAAUAUGAUCAAUCAAGAGAGCAUAUUGAAAUUUCUACCUUGAAGAAUCAAAGAGAAGAAUUGAGAGAGGUAGUCUCCAAGUUAUCUUCGAGUUAUAAUUAUGAAUUAAAAUUAGCUCAAGAAAAGAUCAAAAAUUUAGAAUUAAAGGUCCAAGACAUGAAUUCUAUUAAUAAUAAAUUAUCUCAAAGAUUAGAACCUAACCGUACCAUUAGCAGCGGUCAAAACAACCAUAAUAAUACUUCAAACUCGCCUUUAAAGAUUCUUAGCAAUAAUAAAGGAGGAAAAUUACAAGGUUUUGCAAUUGUUUCUCCUACAAAGAAGUUAUUUGACGAUUAA